AUGGCGAGCCCACGAGGUGCGAAUAUCUGCGCGCACUUCCCCCACUGGUCCCACAUCUCUGCUGGCGACUGCCUCCGGGCAGAGCGGAGCGAUCCGAACUCCAAGGACUGCGCCCUUCUUGAUGGGGAGCUCAUCAACUCCUUCAUCAAGGAGGGGAAGAUUGUGCCGGUUGAGAUCACCGUGAGACUGCUGGAGAAGGCCAUGCGAAGGGACAUGGCGCUGGGAAAGACGGACUUCCUGAUUGAUGGCUUCCCGAGAAAUCUGGACAACGUUACUGGCUGGGAGCAGGUCAUCGGCGACGGAGCCGAUGUGCUUGGCGUCCUCUUCUUCGAGGCCACAGAAACAGAAAUGGAGAAGCGGCUGUUGGAGCGUUCGUCCACGAGUGGGCGUGUUGACGACAACCUCGAAAGCAUCCGAAAGCGCUUCCGGACCUACGAGCAGGAGACGAAGCCGAUCGUCGAGAA